CAGGGAACCACACAUUGAGACACUCACAUUGGGAGGUUCACGUUGAGACAAUUCCUGCACUGUCUCACAGUGAGUGAGAGACGGAGAGACGUUUACCCACUGUCACGCAGAGAGGCUUCACAGAGCGCGAGGGAAAGGAGUGCAGAAAGAGACCCUCACACUGAGAGUGCCUGAAACACUGAGCCACACAAAGAUUCGUACUCGGAGCCAUGUCACGCACCAGCAAGGAAUUCAAAGGGACACAGUGACCCCACACGUUGAUAGAGACAGAGACACAGAGAAGCUGAGACUGGUAUAACUGAGCCUGAGUCAGCGUGAGAGCCCGAAAGAACACUCGAGUCGAGAGACUCCCAGAGCUGCAGAGAGUACCAUGUCCCGCACUGGCAAGGGUGUUGCUAAUAAAGGAUCGUAUGGCUAUCAGAAGCAGAAGGAAAAGGAACAGCGAACAUGCAUCAGAUUCAAAUGUGUUUUAACAAACACAAUAUUAGAUGUUCUUCGACAACGCCCUGGGUGGAUUGAAGUCAAAGAUGAAGGAGAAUGGGAUUUUUACUGGUGUGACGUCAGUUGGUUGCGUGAGAACUUCGGCCACACAUACAUGGAUGAACAUGUUCGGGUUUGUCAUUUUCGCAAUCACUAUGAGCUGACGAGGAAAAACUUCAUGGUGAAAAACUUGAAGAGAUUUAGGAAACAGCUUGAGCGUGAACAGGGCAAGCUCGAGGCCAGCAAGUGUGACUUCUUCCCCAAAACGUUUGAGCUACCCAUUGAGUACCAUCUCUUUGUCGAGGAGUUUAAGAGAAACCCUGGAAUCACAUGGAUCAUGAAACCAGUUGCACGAUCACAGGGUAAAGGUAUUUUUCUUUUCCGAAAACUCAAAGAUAUCAUGGAAUGGAGAAAGGAUGGAAACCGUUCAGAUGAUCCCAAAGAUGAAAGCCCAGUGGAGAGUUAUGUAGUGCAGCGCUACAUUGAGAACCCUUACCUGAUAGGAGGUAGAAAGUUUGACCUGCGGGUUUAUGUACUGGUGACCUCUUAUGCCCCUCUGAAAACCUGGUUAUACAGAGAUGGAUUUGCUCGGUUUUCAAGCACCCGAUUUUCCCUGAAUAGCAUCGAUGAUAAUUUUGUACAUCUCACAAAUGUUGCAGUGCAGAAGACUGCUCCUGACUAUGAUCCAGAGAAGGGCUGUAAAUGGUUGAUGCAGCAGCUGCGACAGUAUCUGACUGCAAAGCACGGCACAGAGACAGCAACCACCCUUUUCAGAGAAAUCGACAACAUCUUCAUCAAGAGCCUGCAGAGUGUGCAGAAUGUGAUCAUCAAUGACAAGCACUGCUUCGAGCUCUAUGGAUACGACAUUCUCAUCGACCAGAACCUUAAACCGUGGCUAUUAGAAGUGAAUGCUUCCCCAUCGCUAAUAGCUACCAGCCAGGAGGAUUAUGAGCUGAAGUGCCGUCUCCUGGAAGACACAGUGCAUGUCAUUGAUAUGGAGGGAAGACUUUCAGGAAAGGAGAAGCGGGUUGGAGGAUUUGACCUGAUGUGGAAUGAUGGUCCUGUCUUCAGUGAUGAUGCAAACCUGGACUCCAUUGUAGGCACCAACUUCGUUGCUAACACUCAUUUGGGAUGUAUAAAUGACAGAAAAAAGCAAUUGUGGCAGCUUUUUAAACCACUUCACACGCAAAGAAAGUAGCAGUGACUGCCAUCA